AUGAACUUUACAGGCUACUUGUGUAGUCUGACCGACAAAGAUGAUAUCGAGUACCGCCCACUUCGCUCGAGAAGUCCUUCAAGCGAAAAUGGUGCACACUCAGAUACCAUUUGCGCUCCUAUGAAAUACAGAUCUCGCGUUUGGCGACUCUGCACGAGAUGGGUCAGACCCUGGGUUGCGGCUUGUCUUGGAAUACUCCUGGUCUUAAUAUCUUUCUUUCUGUUGACGUUUGUCGUCGAGCGAUACGCCGUCUACAACUUUGAGUCCUCAGGUUUAGCUCUAGCAGAUCCUGUUGAAGACUAUGGUGACGCAGCCGAAAGUGCCAAGCGAUGGGUUGUAGACCUAUCAACUCAGGUUUCGCCAGUCAUGGUGCAUUCUCACAACGACUAUCUAAGACCACGGCCGUUGUUCUCGGCUUUAUCUGUCGGGUGUGCCAGUGUAGAGGCAGAUGUGUGGUUAAGCAGCAACGGGAAAGAUCUCUUGGUUGGUCACCAUUGGUGGGACCUCAUACCAAAGAACACACUCGAGUCUCUCUACAUCGCGCCCCUACUGCAGAUCCUCGACUCGUUCAAUUCUCCACCUUAUGUCGAUGACUUGGCGGAUACAGAUGACCCUGUGGGCGUCUUUGCGACUGAACCGAACAAGACCCUUAUCCUAUUCAUCGACGUCAAGGAUGACCCCGCAAAGACUUGGCCAGUUGUUCUAAAGCAGUUGGAGCCUCUACGGGAGAAGGGCUAUCUCUCAUAUCAUCGAAAGCAGUCUUCGACAUCUGCCAAUGCAUCAUUCACAUCUGGACCGAUAACUGUUGUGGGUACUGGGAAUAUCGUCAAGCGGCGAGACGUUAACAUUGGCCCCGAUGUGGCCAAAUGGCAAAGGUAUCAUGAUGUAUUCCUUGAUGCAUCUCUAGAUCUCUUGGCACGACCCGGUUUCUGUCAGAGAAAUGACAGCCUUUGUCUUGAAGUCGGAGAGAACGAAUUCUAUACUGCUUCUGUAUCUUUGUGGAGGGCUAUUGGCACAGUCAUCCCAUACUUUAGCAGGUCUCAAAAGAUCAACUUAAGAAAUCAGGUCCAACUUGCGAAGGAUCUUGGCCUCAAGUCAAGAUACUGGGAAUUGCCAGGAUGGCCAGUGUCACGGAGGAACUACGUCUGGAGAACACUUGCGCAGGAAGGUGUUGACCUUCUAAAUUCCGAUGAUAUUGUUAGUGCAGCCACAAAGCACUGGCAUUCGAAUUACACAAUAGAAGGCGCAUGGAUACUUGGUAUAGCAUCUUGCCUCUUUAGCUUCUUGUUCACGAUAACAUGGUUUGGCAAGAGGAUGAUGCGAAGGAUCAUGCCUAUUUAG